GUGUUUGUAAACAUUGCAGGUGGCAACAGGUUGAACAGGUUUGCAGGUGAUUCACACCCACGUGCAUAGAUUAGAACCACUGAACAGGUGAUCUGUAGAAGGUUGUGCAUGAUUUAUCUUAUUCCGUACACGAAGUAUCGAACUGAUGCAGAAAAGUAUGCUCAAGCAUGAAAACAUGAUGAAAUAUCUGAACGAAUACGAACGUUAUGUUGUGGAAAUUAGGAGUUAUGCAAAAGAGAAUAAUAUUACAGAGACUGAAAUUAAUGAAAUCUUUGAAGACUGUUUUUGCUUACUUAAGAGGAAGUACGCAAAGAGAACGAUUGACUUGGCCAAGAUUGUAAGGAUCGUCGUAGCCAGCAUCCUGAUUCUGUGCCUAUGUCUCGUCUUCAUAUACAAUCAUCCAUAUUCCCAUCGCUUUCUUCUUAGAAAUUUACAAGACUUUAUUUAUCCGGGAAUGAGGGUGUUGCGGAAGUUUGCUGUACCUGUUAUUACAACGUUUCCUUGGUUGACAGAGUUCUAUGAUGAGUGGUGCUUGGUGGAGAAUCCAUUUUUCCGUGUCAAGGACAUGGAUUGCCGACCCUGCGAGUCCGUCAAGUCGGUUAUAGAUUUGACAGGAUAUAACGUUACUUCAACAUUUGAUAUCGGUCUUCCUUUUAUACGAAGAGAAAGUCAUAAGGAAGUAACAUUUUCUGACUUAGUUGAAAUGUAUCGGAACAACCAUAUGGUCUUUGAUAAAGAAGCAUACAAGGUUUCUUCGAAUAAUGGAUCAUUCCGAACCAUUGCAGAUAUGAUCGAGAAAAGAAUGGAUCUUUAUCCCUCGGAUCUCCAACUGUCUCACAUAUCAUGGAGGAUAAAUCGCAUGCAUCCAGCAAGGUCUAUUCGCAAACUUUUUCCUCGCCCUGCUGAAGUGCCAAACUGGCUGAGCCAAAGUACCGAGAAAUUUAUUUUUAUAGAUGAACCAAAAGCCCCUUCGUAUGCUCUUCCUAAUGCAGAGUGCAGCAAUAUUGUGAUAAGAUUAACCAGUGGUGACCGAUUGAUUAGGUUAAUGCCUAGUCCAGACUGUGCACAGAAAUGCAAGCCAUUCACCGUAUUACUCUCUAGCUCUUAUACUCUUUGGUACAAUUGGUGGUAUUGGAGGCCAGUCAGUCUACCGCUGACUAAUUCGUCCACUAUUGCAGUAUCCUACAUGACAUCGUUCUGUUAAGUACUCACAAAACGGGUGCAACCAUUUUUAUACUACCUCAACAUUUUGAUAAUGUAGAUCAUUUUUUAAUAGUCUCAU